UCCCCCACCCGGAAGUUCAACAAAACAACCAACAACACAGCAGAGCUUUACAAUUUGUAUUUCUGUCUAGGGCCUAGAUAUAGAUUUGGAGUUUCUUAAUUUGCCGGCUUUUGCACAAUAAUGGGAAAUCCUAGCGAUCAAAUUAUCCUUGCUACUGCUGGCUAUGACCAAACCAUUCGUUUCUGGCACGCACAUACGGGUAUCUGCCACCGCACUGUCCAGCAUCAAGAAUCGCAAGUCAAUCACUUGGAAAUCACCCCAGACAGGAGUCUAUUAGCUGCUGCAGGUUACCAGCAUAUCCGCAUGUACGAUAUCAACUCUGGGGACACGACACCAAUCAUCAACUAUGAGGGCAUUCCUAAGAACGUGACAUCAGUAGGGUUCCAGGAGGAAGGUAAAUGGAUGUUCACUGGAGGAGAGGACUGCACUGCAAGGAUAUGGGACCUCAGAGCACAUAACUUACAUUGCCAGAAGAUCUUUCAGGUCAAUGCCCCUGUAAACUGUGCUUGUCUACAUCCAAACCAAGGAGAGCUGAUUGUGGGUGACCAGAGUGGGACAGUACACAUAUGGGAUCUACGGAGCUGCCAUAACGAACAACUGGUUCCAGAGCAGAAUUCCUCCAUCCAGUCGAUAGCCAUAGACCCUGAGGCGACCCAUAUGGCAGCCGUCAACAACAAGGGUAACUGCUACGUCUGGAGGAUCACCCAGGGUCAGGGUGACGGCGCCCUCUCGCAGCUCCAUCCCAAGACAAAGAUUCCCGCUCAUAAGAAGUAUGGCCUCAAGUGCAAGUUCAGCCCAGACUGCACGUUACUAGCGACCACAUCGGGAGAUAAAUCGGUGCGUAUCUGGAGGACGGCAGACUUCUCUCUAAUGCAAACGUUGAGUGUCGACAUGCAACAAUGGGUAUGGGACUGUGCAUUCUCGUCAGAUUCACAGUAUGUAGUCACAGCAUCAUCUGACAGGACAGCUCGGUUAUGGAGCAUAGCGGAAGGCGAGGUCAAACGAGAGUUCAACGGUCAUCAGAAGGCCAUUACCUCGCUAGCUUUCUGUGACAACAUCACCACAUAGACUCACCACUUACACUGCUCAUGCACUGUGAUGCAAUCACUGUCAAGAUGUAUAGAUGCCAUGAGAUUUGUCGUGGAAAACUUUGUGGUGUUCAAGCGAUUACAUGAUAAUUUCGACCGAGUGAUUGUGAUGAGCAUAUAUCACCUGUACAAAUGAUGUUAGAUAUCUGGGCCCAUCUUUAAUACAAAGAGUUGAUAUCAAUUGCACCUAUGUACAUAGGAGAUAGGAGACUGCAAACUUGCUAUUGAUUGAAGGCAAUCGCAACUCUUUGUAAGAUGGGGCCCUGGACAGCUGUGGUGCUUGGAGACUUCUUUUUCUCAAAAUAGUACCGCCAUGGUGUGGACAGCAGUAUGUGUUGAACUGUAUUAUACAUGUACACAGUUUUCAUCUGUGGUUUAUUCUGUGAUUCUGUGAUUUAUAAAAUGAAGAUAUAUAUUUUGUUUUUUGUCCUUAAUCUAUUCCAUGAAAGUGUAGUGUGGUGUAGGGUCAACACACUAUAGUCAGGUGUAAACUUUUAAGCACAACACUGGUCUUUUUUCUGACUUGGUUUUCAAUACAGAUCGAUCAAUUGAUCUUAUUUACUGGGUGUAAACCACACAUAUGUUUAAAUAACACUGGUCUUGUUGGGCCCCUCUUACUAUUUAGUUGACAGAAAAGUUUGCAGAACUCAACUUUAAUUUCUUUUUCAAGACAUCGGCUUCAUGCUUAUGAGAAUUUUCUGGAUUGUCCAAAGUAUGAACCAAGCAUGAAGAUCCAGGCACGAAAUUGUGCAGAACUGUAUCGAUAAGUUGCCUUUUUACUUUAUUUCAUGCAAAAAAAAGGGAAAAUAUGAAAUAAUUCAUAUGGUAUUUUUCAAGGUUAUACACCACUAUAUCAACAAUUAUGACUUUUAUAAUUACUCACAUAAUAUAUCCAGAGCUCAUUAGAUUAAGUAUCUCUGCAUUGUAUAGAUGUCUAAAAUAUUCAAACAAUAUACAGAUGUUCACAAAAUGUGCAAUUUAUCUUUUUUAUGUCCUAUUUUGUAAAGAAAAAGAUAAUGCAAACAUUCUGUUGGGGUAAUUUUUUUUUUUUCUUCUUCUUUUUUGCUGCAAAGAAAGGGCUCUGAGUUUUGAAAAUGAUGAGAACUUUAAAAAACUCUACACAACUGCAGACAGUUUUACCCUACCCAUUUCUACCCAAUAGUACAUUUGUCAAUAUUUUUCUUGAGCAUCAACAAGGCGAAUAGAGAGAGGGAAACAUAUGGUUUAUAUGUUACCCGGGAUAUCAAAGUUAAUCUAGAUAUGGUAGAUAUGAUUUAAAAUUAAAAGUUAAUGUAUCGGACAGGUUUAGAUUGACCAUUUUGACGGGGGAAGUGUAAUUCUUGACUUCAGUCUUACCAGUAAAUCAAAUUUGAGCGUAUCAUAGGUGCUGUCUGUUUUUUGACUAAAUUUCAAUUGAUGCCAAUUUCACUCUCAAUACUUUAUUAAUUUGUUUCACUUUUCCUUGAAGUCAAGUUUUAAAAGGACCCAAUUACCUCUUGUCUUGGGCAUUAAGACGAUACGAUAGGCAGUAGAUUCAUGUGAUUAGUGUAGUAAGUAUAUUGUAGUUCAUUAUGUCUAUUGUCAAUAUGAUUGAAGUAAUGAUAAAUAUAAACCUGUUGCAGGUGAACUUGUACAAAGAACUGUAAAUAAAGAUUAUGAUGAAAUGACACGAUA